UUCCCUCACAAUCUCUGAGCCAGAAGCAUUUUAGAUUCAUUACACUCAAACAGAAAAACGAAAUGGCUUCUUACUCUCAAAUCAGCAGCCUUCUUCUGGUUCUUCUUCUCCUCCCGUAUGCUUGUGUUUCUUCAUCUUCUGGCUCUGGUGGUCGUCCACCGUUAUUUCCCAAGGUUGCUCUAGAUCUAUACUACGAUUCUCUGGAUAUGGCUUCAGCCAAUUUCUUGAUUCGCUUUCUUCCAUACAUAUAUGAGAACGAUCUUAUAGACAUGGUGAAUCUGAAACUGGUUCCUUACGCUCAAGCUAGAAUCCAAGGCAAAUCUGUCGUCGUUUGUAAGAGAGGAUCUGAGGACUGUUUGAUCAGCAGAGUAGCAAUCUGUUCCAUGAAAUAUCUUCAUCAAGACGAAGCAAUGGAGUUAAUCUACUGUAUUUCCCAUUUCAUAACCAAAUCAAUUGCUAAGAAUUGGGAAAUGUGUUUUGAGCUAAUGAGAUUGGAAGAGAAAAGAGUAAAAGAAUGUUUCACAGGAUAUGAAGGAAAGCAACUUGAUUAUCAGUAUGUCAAAGAAAUUAGCAACGUCAUCCACGGCGUAGGUCAUUUGCCGUGGAUCACAAUCGAUCAAGUUCAAGUCAAGAAUCAGGAAAUGAAGAGUUUGAAAACUUCCAUCUGCAAAGCUUACAAAGGGGAUAAGUCUGAAGUAUGUGGGGAAAAAAUUGGUCACCCAAAGACUUCUGGUUCUCGUUCUGCUGGUGGACAUGGUGCUCUUGGGCGACAUAUAUAACCUUUCUUUCAUACUCUGUUGGGCGGUGUGCUAUUUAGAUAUUCGAAACAGUAUUCAUUCUCAGCUUGAAUUCUGUUGAAUAUAUAUAUGAAAAAACUUCUUAUAAUCAGUAUAUCUUUGAUUUUUCAGUUGUUAUGUCCGUGACUUUGUCAGUGUUUUUAGAUUCUGUUUCUUUGGUUUAUAUGAAAGAACUUAUAAGAAAAUUCUGAUUAUAAUUUCUGUUACUUUAUUGUGGUUUAAAAGGAAAGUAUGUAAAAGGAAUCUCCUUAUCUCCA